AUGGGUAUAUACCUUAGUUCUCCGAAAACAGAUAAGUUUUCAGAAGAUGGAGAGAAUGAUAAACUUAGAUAUGGUUUAUCCUCUAUGCAAGGUUGGCGUGCCUCCAUGGAAGAUGCUCAUGCUGCGAUUCUUAAUCUGGAUGAUAACACUUCCUUCUUGGGUGUCUAUGAUGGCCAUGGAGGUAAAGUUGUUUCAAAGUUCUGCGCCAAGUAUCUUCACCAGCAGGUUCUUAGCAAUGAAGCGUACGCAGCUGGAGACGUAGGGACUUCUCUUCAAAAAGCGUUUUUCAGAAUGGAUGAGAUGAUGCAAGGACAGAGAGGAUGGAGAGAAUUAUCAGUACUCGGUGACAAGAUCAAUAAGUUCAGUGGAAUGAUUGAAGGGUUCAUCUGGUCACCAAGAAGUGGGGAUAGCGCUAACAAACCUGAUGCUUGGGCUUUUGAGGAAGGUCCUCAUUCUGAUUUUCCUGGACCAAAUUCUGGGAGCACAGCUUGUGUGGCUGUUAUUAGACACAAGCAGCUAGUUGUUGCCAAUGCUGGUGACUCACGUUGUGUCAUAUCCAGAAAGGGUCAGGCUUACAAUCUUUCUAGAGAUCACAAACCAGAUCUUGAAGCUGAGAAAGAAAGGAUACUGAAAGCUGGUGGCUUUAUUCACGCUGGUCGUGUUAAUGGAAGCUUGAAUCUAGCAAGAGCAAUAGGUGACAUGGAAUUUAAGCAGAAUAAAUUUUUGCCAACUGAAAAGCAAAUCGUUACGGCCAGUCCAGAUAUAAACACUGUUGAACUCUGUGAUGAUGAUGAUUUCCUUGUUCUUGCCUGCGAUGGAAUUUGGGAUUGCAUGACAAGCCAACAACUCGUUGAUUUUAUACAUGAACAGAUGAAUUCGGAAACCAAACUCUCGGUGGUAUGUGAAAAAGUUCUCGAUAGAUGUUUGGCUCCAAACACCGCAGGUGGUGAAGGCUGUGAUAACAUGACCAUGAUCUUGGUUCAAUUCAAAAAGCCUCUUCAGUCCACGGAACCUACUCCAUCAGAUACCGAACCGAAACCAGAACCUAGCCAACCUGAAGCGAGCCACGAUGAGCCGAGUUCGUCAAACUAG